AUGAUUAGAGUAGGUUUGAUCCUGUGUUGUAUCUUCAUUGUUGGAGUGUUUGAAGCCAGUUCUGCUGAUGACAUACUUACAGCACAUAAUUUGAUUAAAAGAUCUGAAGUUAAACCUCCUUCAUCCUCAGAAUUCAUAGGCUUAAUGGGACGUUCUGAAGAGUUGACACGACGAUUAAUUCAACAUCCUGGUUCUAUGUCUGACAAGAGAGGUCCACCGAAAAAAGGCGAUUUUAAUCCCAAUGAACUGAAACCUGAAUCUAACAUUUGUUAA